GAGAAGAGGACGGCUCGACCUUAAUGCGGCGGUGAUAUCAGAGCCGUUAUCAGUGUGCGAUUAGAUACCGCGGCGAGCACACCUCCGCGCUGUGAGCCUCGGCGAGUCGACUGAGGAAACAUAGGCUCCGACUGACCAGGACGAGACAUGAGGAGCAAAGACCGUCUCGACGAGCUCAGGCGGUUGGCGAGCAGUAAGGGCCAGGAGUGCGAGGUGCUAGUGGAGCCUCCCGCUCUACCUGCUCCGCAGACACACCUGGACGGCCUGCUGAAGGAGGUGGAACAGAUCCGCGCUUGGGUGCAGGAGCUGGAGAGCAACACGCGGCUCGUCCGUCGUCUGCACUCCGACCCCACAUAUCACAACGACAAACAGUUACAGGAGCAGCUGGACUCACUGGUCACCAGAUCCAACGCUCUGGGCACGAAGGCGCUGGGGGCUCUCCGUCAGCUGGAAGCUCGCGAGCGUGAGGCUGGCCGAGGGGCGGAGGAAUGGCGCGGGGCGGCGGCGAGGAUCGUGCGACUGCAGUACGCCGCUACACGUCGCCUCACCUCCGACGCCCUCGACAGACACACGCACGCUUUGCAGCUGUUGAAAGACUAUCAGCUCAGCUUACUGAAGGAUCAAAUCAACAUCGCAAGCCUCGCAAUAACAGAUGAAGAAUGUGAACAACUUUUGGAAUCAAAUAACGUUUCGUUAUUCGUGGAUAAUUUACGGGCGGAGACGGCGGAAGCUCGCCUGGCCUUGCGCGAGGCGGAGGCGCGUCGUGAUGAGCUACAGAGAGUGGAGUCCUCUCUGAAGACCGUGAGGGACCUGUUCACACAGCUAGCACAUCUCGUCGCCACCCAGCAAGAGCAUUUGGAUAGCGUUGAAUACUUUGCUUCACAAGCGACGGAACAUGUGGAGUGUGGAGGCCAGGAACUGCUCAAGGGUACGAUCAGCCGAAAGAAAGCGAAAAAGAAAAAAAUGGGAUUGAUAAUUUGUCUCGCUUCAGGAGUUCUCAUAGUUCUGAUGGUUCUUAUAUACACAUGAGACAAAGAUGUAGGUCUCACGAGGAAUGUGACGGACGCUUCGAGAGGGACAAGCAAAGCAAAACAGAUCGAAUCUUUUGUAUUUUACUUAUUAGUACCACCUAGUCAAUAUAAUUAAUAAAUUAUUAUUUUUUUUUAA